ACAGUAGGUGUUUGACUCUGCAUCAUAAUUAUGUAACUCCUCAUGCUGGCAACAGUUUAAGGUAUACAGUAAUAUCAGUGAUGGCAAGUGGAAAAAGCCAUACAACUCCUCCAGUGGUGCAAGAUUUAUUAAUUGUGUCUGGAGGAUAAAAAAAUCUUCCUUUUGAUUUUGAAUCCUCUGUGGACUCUCUGAUCUGGAUCCUAUAGCUGAAGAUGCGGAGAAUAAUUUGCUCCAGAUUCCUCUGCAUAGUGGAGGCACACUAUCACAGCAGACCACGUGAGAGGAAUAUUCAAUGACGGUCCCUCGACAGACCAGGUUCAUCAUCUACUGCUGCUGCUGCUGCUGCUGACAUGGACUCUUGGUGUUUUCUCAGCUUGGAGGGAGGACGACACUCAGUCUGAAUGUAACCUUUCAUCCUUCUUCUUUUUUUUCUGUUCUUUUUUUUUUCUUUGAUUUUUCUUCUUCUCCAAUUCUCUCUCCUUCCACAAGUCCAAACAGUUAUAGGAGGAGGAGGAGGAAGAAGAAGAAGAAGAAGAAGGUAUGGCUUGGCCGUGCAUCAGCAGAGUGUGCUGCCUGGCUCGCUUCUGGAACCAGUUCGACAAAUCGGACCUGUCGGUGCCGCUCACCAUCCAGAACUACUCGGACAUCUCCUCCUCUUCCUCCGAGCAGCAGGAGGUGGUGCGCUCCGUCACCAAGCAGGUCUCCGCCUCGGAGCGCGCACCCGGGAAUCACUACUCGACUCCGGACACGCGUGCAGCCGGAGCCCCUAAUGUACCCAAAGAUGGCACAGGUACCAGAGGAUCCUUCAGGGGGAGAAAGGAGCCCAGUUACAAGCCCCGGGAGGAAUACCAGCCGCCUGGAGUACCUUUCCCCAGCAUUACGCAGUACAAGCAGGAUUACAAACCCUGGCCCAUCCCUAGGAAGGAGAACUUCCCUUGGAUUAGUAGCAGCAGGGCAGACAGUGGGUCGGACAGUCCGGUGAAUGGGUACCACAGCCAGGAGAAGAUGUGGGGAGAGGUGAUGGAGGAGAGCAAAACCAGCUCCUACAGGCAAGAGUACAGGCCGUGGACGGGGGUGAGACCGGCCAAAAGCGCAAGGAAAGCUCCUACAGCUCAAUACUCCAGCCCGGGGACAGAGGCCACCCACGUCUUGCGUGAGACCAGCUACCAGGCUGCCUACAGCGGGGAUGUCCACAGGUCCAUAGGGCAGCAUCGGGUGGAGCACAAUAUCCCAUCGGCUGCCUCCAACAUACAACCCGCUGCUGUCCCACAGCCCAUCCCCGCUGCCCUGCUAGCUGGCAGCUCGCCCAUCCCCUCCAGCCUCCAGCAGAGCAUCCUGCCUGAGAGGGCCGAGCUCAGUAGAACAACAAAGGGAGAGUGGCCUGUUGCUGUUUCAGAAGAAGUGAUACAGCAUUCUGUCCCCAAGCAGCUCAAAGUGACCCAGCUGUUUAAAACAGGCCAUGUACUGUGUUAGGUAACACUCUGCUGGUGCUACACUCAUUGCUUUGACCUGAAUAGAGCAGGCUUGAUGAGAACAAAACAGGUAAAUGGGUAAUUCUUCCAAAAAACCUGGAGUCAAAUGCACUGAUGUCUGUCUCAAAAUAAAUCUUUCUUGUCUAGGCCACAGCUAAAAUAUAAUUUGACAUACAUUAUAAGACGAAAACAGUUGAAGAAUCACCCAAAUAUUAAAUUUUGUCCCAGAUUUGUGCUCUCAGAUAUAAUGAGACGGGCACACACAGAACCAGAUGUGUGAUUGAAGCAUAUCUAACUACAACAAGGCAAGAGUAUUUGCUCAGGAGGCUGUGAACUCAUCAGGUUGCUCCAGAUUAUCGUAGGAUAAACUGGGUGACGGGACACGUCCCUCUGUCCUCCUCCCUGGGUGCCGUCGCUCAGGGCAGCUGUUUUGCGUGACAGUAAGUGAGACGGUUUUUGGGGAAUCUCCAGAGGUUUAGUGCCAUCCCUCUUCCCCGCCCACACCCCUCGCCGCCAUCUGCCAGUGGAGAGCUGGAGGGCUGGUCUGGGCUGGGCCGGGUCAGGCUGGUUUGUCUGCUUGCACACUGUGUAGCAAUAAAUCUCUCGCUGAAAUGUAUCUGGGAAGGUUAGAAAAUGUGUUUUUAUUGGAAAAGCUGUGUUUGCAGGGCUGUAGAGGACACUGAGGUCCUCGAUAGUAGGGGGUUUUAGGAACCUGCAUGGGGGAAGUUUACAGUUUACUUCAGUGGAUAAUUUAUAGGCAGAUUCCAGUAUUUUGUAGACUCAAUAUAUUCAAAUUUGACUACUUUUAGGCUAACAAAUAAACAAAAGUUUCAUUAUUUUUCCAUCAGAAUUUUAGUCUUGCAAUGUGCAUAAUCUAUAGCAAGUGAAAACCAUGCAUCUCCAAAUUUUAUUGACGGUGUUCCUCCACGAGUAAAAUGUCGUACUUCUUCAGCUAAAUGAACACAUUUAAAAACUGUUUUUCUUUGCUCAUGAGAAGUUGACAUUUUGGAGGUACAUGGUUUUCAUAGGACAGAGACAUUCAUGUUGGGUAAUAAAAUGUACAGACGAUAUAACUAAAUGAGUGAAAUUAAAUGAAUAAAUAAAAUGUGAAAAUUCAAACAAUGUAAAAAAUAGAAUUAAAGC